AAUCGCUGCCAUACCUAUCUUUGACCAAAACACUGAAGUUGACAUUUGGCCAUCGAAAUCCCGUGCAUUUUAUAUAAAAAAAAACCCACUCCGUUGUUGAUAGCUGGCCCUAAUACAUUAUUUAGAUCAUUUCAAAAAUGUCUAGCUUUGAGCUUCUUAGCGAGCAGGGACUACGUCUAGAUGGUAGGCGUGCACAUGAGCUUCGUUGCAUUAAAUGCAAACUUGGCGUAUUCGAACAACCUGAUGGAAGUGCGUAUUUGGAGCAGGGCAAUACAAAAGUGCUUGCCGCCGUUUAUGGUCCCCAUCAGGCACAGAGCAAUAAGCUUGAUCUUAAUGAAGUGGUCAUUAAUUGCCAAUAUAGUAUGGCGACAUUUUCAACAGCAGAACGGAAGAACAGACCACGUGGCGACCGAAAAUCGCAAGAAAUCACCCUGUAUUUGAGGCAAGCUCUACGCGCUGCCAUUAAGACUGAGCUAUAUCCACGUUCACAAAUCGAUGUGUACGUGGAAGUAUUACAAGCUGAUGGAGCCAAUUAUGCAGUUGCACUCAAUGCCGCGACAUUAGCACUAGUAGAUGCCGGCAUAUGUCUCAAAGAAUAUGUUGUUGCAUGUACCGCUUCAUUGAGCAAAACUAAUAUACCGCUUACGGAUGUAUCGCACGUCGAGGAGGUUUCUGGCGGUCCAACAUUGACAGUUGCAUCACUGCCGACGUCAAACAAAAUCGCAUUCAUGGAAAUGUCUCAACGCUUUCACCUCGACAAUCUACCAGCUGUGAUGGAACAGGCGUUGAAUGGCUGUCGAGAAAUACAAGCUAUUAUGGAAAAGGAAGUACGCAAACAUCUAAUGCAAAUGGGUUCAGCAGGAGACUGGAGCAAUAUAGCAAAAUAAAUAAACCAUUAUUUCUUAUAUUAAAAACUUA